GCCUUAGGAGUUUAGCUCAUCUCUAUCUAUUCCCUUCCAAAAAAUGAUUAGGGUUUCAAAAACCUCCCAAAUCGAUCGAUCUCUCCAUUCUUUUUGGAUUAUAAGGUCAAAUCUACGAGUUCUUGCAUAAAAAAUUCUGAGAGUUCUUCAUUUUUUUUAGUUAAGCGUGAAUUGAUUGAAAAAAAGAGAAAAAGUAGUGAAAGAAAAAAAUGGAGACGCAGAGGAUAGUAGAGUUUCCUCACAAGAUUAUGGAUAAACGUCCCAGGAAAAGGCCCAGAUUAACAUGGGAUGUGCCUCCUCUUCCUCCUCCUAAGGUUCUUCCAGCAAUAUAUUGCGGUCAGGAAUUCGGGAAUGGAGGGAUAUCUAAUUUUUCAUUUCCUAGUAAUAUGUUUUACAGGGGAAUUUCUCUUAAUGGAUCUCCUCCAUGGAGACCUGAUGAUAAAGAUGGCCAUUAUGUUUUUGCUGUUGGAGAAAGCCUAACUCCUCGAUACAGGAUUCUCAGUAAAAUGGGCGAAGGAACAUUUGGACAAGUUCUGGAAUGUUUUGACAAUGAAAAACAAGAAGUUGUGGCCAUUAAAAUUGUUCGUUCCAUAAAUAAGUAUCGUGAAGCUGCCAUGAUUGAAAUUGAUGUUCUUCAAAGACUUGCUAGGCAUGAUAUUGGUGGUUCUCGUUGUGUGCAAAUACGGAAUUGGUUUGACUAUCGUAAUCAUAUUUGUAUUGUAUUUGAGAGGCUUGGACCUAGCUUAUAUGAUUUUCUCCGCAAAAACAGCUACCGUUCAGUUCCCAUUGAUCUUGUUCGGGAGCUUGGCAAACAAAUUUUGGAGUCUGUAGCAUUUAUGCAUGAUUUGCGGUUAAUUCACACUGAUUUGAAGCCAGAAAACAUUCUGCUUGUUUCUUCCGAAUAUAUAAAGGUUCCAGAUUAUAAGUUUUUAUCACACUCUACAAAAGAUGGUUCCUAUUUUAAGAACCUGCCAAAAUCGAGUGCAAUAAAGCUGAUUGAUUUUGGGAGUACAACAUUUGAACACCAGGAUCAUAGCUAUGUGGUGUCAACUCGACAUUAUCGUGCACCAGAAGUCAUACUUGGUCUUGGAUGGAACUAUGCCUGUGACUUGUGGAGUGUGGGUUGCAUACUGGUUGAACUAUGCUCUGGUGAGGCACUUUUCCAAACUCAUGAGAACCUGGAGCAUCUUGCCAUGAUGGAGAGGGUUUUAGGGCCAUUACCCCAACAUAUGGUGGUCAGAGCUGACUUCCGUGCUGAGAAAUAUUUCCGGAGGGGCGCACGUUUGGAUUGGCCUGAUGGUGAAACUUCAAGAGAAAGCCUGAAGGCAGUUUGGAAACUGCCCCGUCUGCCGAACUUAAUAAUGCAGCAUGUGGAUCAUUCUGCUGGUGAUUUGAUUGAUCUCUUGCAAGGGCUACUUCGGUAUGAUCCUGUCGAGAGACUUAAAGCUAGAGAAGCACUAAGACAUCCAUUUUUUACAAGAGAUCAUAGAAGGCUCGGGUAUCCCCUGUAAUUGGAGAUUGGGAUCUUUGUCAAAUGACGAGUUCGAGCAACCUUGCAUACUGAGGCAAAUGUGGAAUGGCAUUGUGUCUUAAAAAUAUAUUUGCUUGAUCACAUACACAUAUAUUGUAUAGUAUAUACUCCAUUCGCAUUCCUGAAGGUUCGAUUCAUAUUUUUUUGUUUGUUAGUC